AUGGUUCUCUUGAACCUUGUCACUCUCUUUUCACUCGCCGUGAGCGCGUCUCCGGUUGCAUCAGCCCCGCGUAUUGAGGCUCAAGUGCUUGAUGAACGCGCAAAUCCCACCGUUGAUAGUUGUUCAUUCCAUUCCGAAGAUGGCAUUCAGCCGGGAUGUUGGGAGACUCUCCAGAUGAACAACCAUCUUAACGACUGGUGGUCCAAGAAUUCUGCCAGAUGCAAGACGGCAGAGAAGGGAUUUGCUGAAUGUUAUCUCGAUUCAGCUGGUUACAUAACGUGGAGUUGUGACUUCAUUGCUCUCAAUGGAUGCACGCCACCUCCGAGUGGCCGCAACGCCGAUUAUGCUUCCUACCAGGAGUUCUACGUAGCCAUCAACCUUUUCUUCACUAAUUAUCACCAAGCUCUCCUGAACGGCCAAGCAACUGCAAUUGGUGCGGUCGCCGAAAUCGUGAAGACUGUUUCGCCACCCAAGACCAAGAACCCCAAAACCCCUCUGUUCUCGCCUAUCUAUGCUGUUGCACUUGGUCAAUUUGCUGCUCUUGGUCCUUUGCUCGGUAGCUCUGUCGCCGCUAGUAUGGUCUUUGCUUCUCUCACCGGUGCCCUCGGUGGUGGAGCUGGUCUGUUCAAUAUUUUGUUCCCAUCCAAGCAGGUCCAGGAGGUCCCCUGGGAAGGUCUCUCAGCUGCUCUCUCAGAGAACGUCAACGAAUACCAGAAGAACGUUGGCGAGGCAUUGACCAAGAUCCAAACCGACUUCGACACAUUCUACUCUCUGGUUUCCAAUGGCGGUUUCAGCCAGAAAAUGAACACCAACCUGCCUGAGAACACUGAUUUCAUGUACCACAACCUUUUGAAGUGGACCUUGAACCAGGCGCUGCAGCAAGCAGACUACUUUGCCGUCAAGAACCCUGGCGUUGAUCCCCGCAAGAUUCCUAUCGACCCGUACGACUGCACCAACCUGGAUACCUACGGCACCUGCGGCCCUAUCUGGUACGAUGGCAAGGAUUCCUAUGGCCUUGCGAGAGCAAAUGACAUUGGUAUGGACCAGAUGAAGCCAAUUCUGGACGCCGCAUUCUCCAAGAACUGGACCACGCCGCAUGAGCUCUACAUCGACUCUCAGCAAUGCCAAGGCAAGAAUGGCUCCGAAUCCUUCGAUGUGAAGGACCUGUCACUGAGUUGUGCCUCGAACAUCCCCGUCUGCGAGUUCAACUUCGACUACAACCCGUACCAGUCGCUCAUUGAUCGCACCAACCCGCCCGAGUUCAAGAACUGCCCCAAUCAGAGAGGGUACGGCACACCCAUGUUUUACAGCGAUGAUGCCGGUGUUCCUCUUUCGUAUCUUGGCCCCUUUUUGAUGUCCGGUGUCAUCUAUAAUGAGAAGAGUGGUUGA